CAAUGGUGUAGCAGGAGCUGGAAAGGGAGCAGGCUCGAGGUAUGUCUGCACGUCUCAGAGAGCGAUGAAGCUAAUGGCGGACAGCGUCACGAACACAAGUCGGGGCUGGGGUGACACUAUCCGCGAAUACGGCAACUCGAUCAAGGAUGUCACAGGCGCGACAGGCCCCCGAGGCAGCACCAACAAGAACCCGCUUGGGCUUGUUAGCACACCGUCCGGCGCGAGGGCUGGGAUGGCCACAAGGUCGGGGCCUACACCGAGGAAGGGCACCGGGAACAAUCCUUUGGGAUUGUAAGGGUGAUAUGUAUGGGAGUGAAGAAAGAAAAGUUGUGGAUGAUGGAGAUACAUGUACUGGUUUGAGAACCACACUGGAGUCAGGUUGAAUGUCUUUAUAAUGAUUAUGAUGAAACUUGAAUGUUUGGAUCCCUUCUUCUUUU